AAUCUUGGAGAUUUUAAAGAGCAACUGCUCAGCAAGAAUAAACCAGAAUUUAAACAGAAAGACUUGCUAGAAAAAAUAGAUCAAUCAACAGCAGAUUAUUUCAAGAGUGAAGCCCUACCUAUUCAGGAUUUCUUUCAAAAAAGGCUGACGACACAGACAGAAAUUGGCCAAACAAAGCACCUUAAAAACAUGGGAAGUUAUAGGGAAGAACUGGGACACAUGGAGUUAACAUACCUUGGGAGCAAAACAGUCAUGACUACUGCUAGAAUUACAGCACUUUCAUCUAUCUUGCAAAAGGCAGAAGAAGUUUUAAAAGUCACUAAGGAGAACAAGGUGAAGAAAGAGAAGAGUGAGUUAAGUUUUUGUGCGACUAGAUGCCAGGAACAGUUAUGCAUUCUCCAAAGUAGGAUAAACGAAAAGACCCAAUUGCCUGUGCCCUUGCUUCAAAGCAUGGCCCACCUUGUUCAUUUGCCUAAAAUAAAUGGAGAACUAGACUUGGAAAACAUGAGACUUGAGUAUCUUGAACAUGUACAAGAGGAAGCUAUUGACCAGUUAUUGGGCCAGCUCAGCCACUUUGAGGUGCUGAAACUCUUGCUGAUGUUGAGAAGAAUCUGCAAUGGACUGGAACUAAGCUAGAGGGACUGAUGAUUGUCCUGAAAGAAUC